UGGUCUGACCAAUUUUUCUUCCCACAGCUGUUCAUUAUAUGAAUAUUCAUCGACCAGAUACGGUUCGAAGAGGAAUUGCUAAUCAUGAUGAUGUGAUUUCUUCAUAAGAUCGCCUCCUCCAUACCCAGUAAAUCGGUAUCCAUCAUUGCAGCGUCUCACUACAACGCCGCGCAUCCACACUAUUGGUUACCGCACAUCGGCUUGAAGCAGCUCCAGCAAUGACGGCAUCAUUCAACCCCUCGAUGCGCAAAACUGAUACGGACCAUUCAUGAGGUACGCUGGUGAUCAAGCCAUCCACCCUUGCGCUGGUAUAUUACUAACAGCAGCAGUCCCUGCCGACUGACGAUGAAGGAUGAAUGACACCAGGUCUUGAGGAGAGGACUUAUAAGUCGCUCGGAUACAUAUUCUGACGGAAAGCACCUUGGAUAUUUGUUGGAGAUAAGCUGCCGAUUUUGAAGACGAUCACCAUGAGGUACCAUCCAAAGCAUCGUCCGAUGGACUUGAAUAGUCUGCAGUUCCAUAUGAAGAAAGUGGGCAAUGACACGUUCUAUGCCACGCUGAUCCAGGACGGCCACUCUCAUGGGCGCAUUACCCACUACCCCAGGCCGGAUUACGACGACGUCGGGGCUCUCUAUUACGUCAUAGCAGUGGUGCUCAUUUACGGUCUUUCCAUAGUCAUGAUGAUAGCGUCCCAUAUAAAGAAAAACAAAAUGGACAGUCAUAUUUCCAUUUAUCUGAAAGAGAUCGCCUUUGUGAGAAAACAAACACGGCGGGAUCAGCUCAUGGUGAAAAUCGUACCACAAAACGGCCAGGACUCGAAUGUCUCUGAGAGCCGUGGACAUUCGCCGAUAGGUGGCCCUCCAUCACAAACUGACGACAAGAACGGCUCUAAUUCCAAGAAACAAACGAAUUUGCUUUUCCCUGAUAAUAUUUCACGGGUGUCGUGGGAGACGAUUGCGAAUGAUAGUGAAACUGGUCUUGACGCCGCGUCGGGACCGGAUUCUCCUUGGGGAAUCGCGCCUAAUAACCUUGGAGGGCCCCAGGCAAAUAAGUCCGACCAGCCAUUGCGCUUCAGCUUCCCCCAGACGCACGUCCGGUUCGAAGACGAGCAUAAACAUCUCCUCACUCCAAAGAAGAGUUACGGUGGCCGACCACUUUCACCACAACAAGUUCGUGUGGCUGCGACGUGCAAGACACACACUCCAAAACAAGCCCAAACACCACCUGCUAAGCAAAAGGGAGACUUGGUAAAAGAAAAAGAGACCAAAGAUUUCCUGAUACCUUUAUUACAGAAGUCUAAUGGCGGGGAUUCGAAAAGUAGUGCGGAGAAUAGCUCGGAAGAUUCCGAGUACGGAGUAGUGUAGUUCUUUUGGCUGCGUGUGAAGAACGUUGGUGUCUUCUUACUAAUCUGACUGCAGAAAGGAAAGCUCCAUCGGGCGCUCCAUACCAAGCGUCGAGUAUUGUAACCAGAGUGGACGAAUUGCACUGUUGCAGAAUCGUAAAAUGGUGAUGGUGGAUUUGUAGCUACAAAAAUAUUGGUUACUGAUAAAAAACAGGAAUUCUGGGGGGGGGGACAAGCUUGCCGAUUCUAAACUAAUGAUACAUGUAAGAAGAGUCGACGACUGGGUGUCUUAUGGUAACAAAGCCUUACGUUUUGGGCAACUGUUACAGAUUUAUCACCUGAUAUGUAGACUGUCAGAGCACUGUAAGAAAGUGUCGACGGAGGUAUCACGUGGAGCUCAUGUACUACAUCUGGUGUUGGUGCUAACGACUAAAUUACUUAACUUCGGGGCGAGGAUAGUGCGUAUAUGUAACCGGUACUGUUGUCAUGUGUGAAGAUAUUCUGACUAGUCGCCCCAAAAAUCCGAUCGAUGUUUACAUAUUACCUAGUCGACGUCCAAACAAAGAUGUUGUUUUUUCGCAACUGUCUAGCUAAGUGAUUGGAGAGUGGCAGAAACUCUGGUAAAAGGUAGCAUGCACUAGGGCCUUUCAAUGACGGAGACAGUUGCAAAUAGACAACAACUCUAUUAGGAUACCCCUAUACCACUUGUUCAUUCUCACCUAAUCUGGUUCCCUAAUAAGACAGCGCCUUCUCCACUACUCAUCUGCCUCGUGUUUGAAAGCCCUGUUGAUGACUACCAUCCAUUGAACCGGCCGCGUACCUUAGAAUCUUCUGGCAUGCCCGGCUGCUCUUCAGGCAUAUCCGAAUCCCAAUAACAUCUGCACGUUAUAAACCUCCAUUAAACUACCCCACCAAGUCUUGUUCCAGAUCUCAGAACUCCCGAUCGAGGACUAAACAACUGAGGUUAAAUUGGGUUGGGCCAAUAAAUACAUAUAUUUUCUAAACGCAUGGGAGCUGUCAACCCAACCUUACAUUGUCAUCCAAUAACAAAAUCGUCAUUGCUAUAUAUUUUUGUUCAACGUUAACUAUACUUAUUUAUUGAAUGCAUUCCGAAAUAAAAGUAUAUAUUGUCUGUAUAAUUUGGCUAUUUUUUCCUCUCAGAAAGCAUCCCUUGGAUCACAAA